AUGGGUGCGAAACAAUGGGAAGACGUAACCUGCCUGAACUUCACUGAAGAUAAAGACAAAAAAGCUGAAAACAGUAUUGUUUUAAUCAGUGAGGAUGGCUGCUGGUCAUAUGUAGGACGAGUCGGUUGU